AUGGAUUUAUUUGUUACUAGGCAUUUCAGUUUAGAUGAAGCGUCAAUGAGAAGCGGAGCGCUUGCAGCAAUGGAGGCAGAGCCGGACCUCAGUACUUUCGAGAACAAGUCGGGUCUAGCCGAAGACAUGAAGUUCUUGGCUUCGAUGCCGGAACUGUGUGACGUCACGUUCCUUGUAGGCGACACGAGAGAACCAGUGUGUGCCGUAAAAGCUGUUCUGGCAUCAAGAAGCAGAGUGUUUCAAAAAAUGCUUUAUCAAGCACCAAGCCCUCAAAGAAAGAAGGAACCGGCGCCACGUGAAAACAAACUACGCCUUUUUCUCAAAAGAUCAUCCGAGCCAUUGUUGAAUCUGCAGAAUGCCGCGCAACAGAGAUCGACUUUCGCGCAGCAAUUGGCUCCAAUACAAGAGCCGUCUUCCCAGCAGCACCAGACGUUGAUUAUAGAAGAAUUCGAGCCGGACGUUUUCCGUCAACUGAUCGAAUACAUUCACACUGGAUGCGUCACACUUCAGCCACGAACAUUACUAGGUGUUAUGAACGCGGCUGAUUACUACGGACUGGAUGAGUUGCGUCGAGCGUGCGCGGGCUUCGUGCAGUGCUGCAUCACUGUGGAUACAGUGUGUGCUCUCCUUGCGUCUGCUGAGCGGUACAUACAGUACAAGUGUACCAAAUCGUUGGUUCAAAAGGUGUUAGAGUUUGUUGAUGAGCAUGGCAAUGAUGUACUCAACUUGGGAUCCUUCACACUGCUGCCCCAGCAUGUUGUGCGACUUAUUCUGGCCAGAGAUGAACUCAGAGCUGAUGAGUUCACGAAAUUCCAGGCGGCUCUUAUGUGGAGCAAGAAAUAUUGUGACACAAACCAGAACAUGUCCCUAAAAGAUGUGAUUGGAAACUUCCUGGAAUAUAUUCAGUUCCACAAGAUCCCGGCUAACGUCCUGAUGCGAGAAGUUCACCCGCUCGGCCUGGUACCAUACUCCAUCAUUAUGAAUGCGCUGGCGUAUCAGGCAGACCCGGCCAGCGUAGACCCAGGCAAGCUGUCCCCUGCGCGGGUGCGACGCGCGGGCCGCUCCAUGUCGGUGCAGUCCUCGCUCGACCCCUAUGGCUCCAACACCACCCUCUCCUCCACCGGCUCGAGCGAUGUUCCGUCUUCCGACUCUCGGCACAACUAACGCGAGG